AUGGCAGAAACAACAGCCUACGAUAUCCCGAUCGACCAGCUCAACACCAACGGGCAAAAACUGCUCGCAUACGCGCAGGAGCACCCCGUGCAGUGCGGGCUCAUCUCGUGCAUUGUUGUCGCUGGUGUCGCGACCAUUGUUGUUCCGCUUGUGAUGAGCGCUGCUACGAAUCCGGCCACUGCCCGCGUCGUUGUCGCCGCCGUCAACUCCCAAGCCCGCUCCCACCCCAACACCCCCCUCGCCACCGCCAGCCCCUUCCUCACCACCCUACAAGCCAUGACCACCACCGGCACUCUCAUAACCCACAGCGGCGCGCUCAUCAGCGCCGGCACGCUCGCCGCCGACUGGGCCAAGGGCGUCGACUGGGCGAAAGGCAUCGACUGGGCGAAAGGUGCAGACUGGGCUGGCUGGGCGCAGGCCGCGGGGCGGGGCGGCGAGGAUCUUGCGCGUGGGGUAGCAGGACUGGGGAAGGAGGCGGAUAGGGCGGCGGGGGGCGCUGUGUGGGCUGCUGGCGAGGCGGUGAAGGGUGCGGAUUGGGCGGCGGGGGAAGCCGUGAGGAGGGUGGGGAGGGUGGGGAAGUUGUUGAGUCGGUGGUGA